UAGAAAGGUUCACACAGGCAGAUUUAAUGAAGGCAGAGGAGUUUAUCAAGUGCAUGCAAGUCCUGUACACAUCAACCCUGUGUGUGUCAAGUGAGAAGUCUCCCACAUGCAGCCAAAUCAUCCCCAUCCUGACCAAGCUGGAGGCACACUUCAGGCAAUGUGAUGAAGACACUGGUUUCACCUCCUCAAUAAAACAGAAGGUCUGGGGUAAUCUGCAGAACAGAUACCAGGAUGAAAACCUUCAGAAGUUUCUGAAGGAGGCCACACUGAUGGACCCACGUUUUAAAGGCAGGCUAGAUGAGGGUGAGGCUGCUGACGUCUGGGACAGGUUGGAGAAGGCAGCAGUGGCAAAUGCCACAGCAGCAGUUGCACAGCCUCCUAUAGAGUGCCCUCAGGCAGACUGUGAGGUUGAUGUCGAUCAGAUGGACAAGCCAGAAAAACGUCCAAGAAAGGUCCAGAAGUCGGCCUUGGAAAAGCUGUUUGAGGAUGAGGACAGAGAGCUUCUCCAGGCAGCUUCUCAAACAGCCAGUGGCCCCUCCAUCACAGAGCAGGUGCAGAAGGAGCUGGACAUUUACAAAGGUCUGCCUGCAAUUCCUUCUGGACAAGACCCUGUGGCCUGGUGGUGGGGUAAGAGGGAUACUCUCCCCAAUUUAUCUGCCCUAUCAGAUAUGUACUUCUGUGUCCCAGCCUCAUCAACGCCUUCCGAAAGGGUUUUCUCUUGUGCUGGGCAUACCAUCAGCCAAGAGCGAUGCCGCAUAUCACCAGAAAAGGCUAACAUGGUCAUCUUUUUGCAAAAAAACUGCUGAAAAUUUAAAGUUGUUAGGUGUUUUUUAAACACGAAAAAAUUGAAAGGUGAUUGUGAUUUUUUUUUUUUUUUUUUUUUGCAUGUUGCAUGUUCUCUGUAUUCUGUAUUGCUGCUGGUUUUGAUAUGCUGCUGUUUUUAUUAUGAUAAUUCUAACAGUUUGUUGUGAAUUUUUAUAUCGGUUAAUUUCUUAGUCUGUUGUAUUUAUAUUAUUUAAGGAUUUUAAAUUAAUAUUCUGUUCAACUUGUGUGUCACAAAAUGCCUUAAUAAAAAGGCACCGUUUUUGGACAAAGUUUGUAUGUUUUCCAUUCUUUAAGCACCGGUUCGGACACCGUUUAAGCACCGGCACCGUUUCAAAAGUACCGGUUUGGCACCGGUAUCGGAUAAAACCUAAACGAUACCCA